AUGGUAAAACGCCCCAAAUCCCCCGAAAUCCGCGAAGAAGCGCGGUACUUCACCGUCUACCAGCCGUACCCACUGCACGCGAACUGGAUCAUGGAGGAGGACCAGAAGAAGUGCGCGAUGUGGGUCGCGGAGUGUAUUGGUGUGAAUCACUUGUGGGCGAUACAUUAUAAGCCGAAGGCUCGCGGCAUGAUCCUCCUCGAAGUCUCCCGCAAAUUCACCGACCACGGGCGCCUUCUAGGCGAGCACCGCUGGUCAUCCACACUCACCUCGCCCGACCCGCUCGAAGCACGCGCUGCGACGAAGGUAUUUCACAGCUUUUAUACGACGGGGCGGGACGCGCAGAAGGAUGGGUGGAAGGCGAUUGCGAUUCCGAAUGUGUGGUUUAAGGAUUGGGUCCCGGGCAAUGGGUUAUUCGUCCGCCCGUAUCCAGCUACACAUUGGUGUGCGGUCCCAGUUGAAGACAGAACCAACAAGCCCAUGUGCAGACCACUCCCAUCGGAGCAGAAGCCGCCCCCGCCACGGUCUAAAGGACAAGUCGUCGGUUCCUCGCAAUGGGUCGAAAAACAAGUCGACCCGUCCUCACCUACGCCCGGGCACAGCCAGAACAGCUCCAUAGGCGGAUCGCCCGUGUCGAGUCAUACGUCGCUUCCUCUCCUUCCCCUUACCGGUGCCCUUGGACCAGGAAUAGCAACUGGAAUGGGAACUGGAACGGGCACGGGAAUGGGAACGGGAACGGGAAUGGGAACUGGAGGAACUAGCGAAGCUACAGCUAAAUUGUCUAUGGCUACAGCUAAAUUUUCUAUGGCUACAGCUAAAUUUUCUAUGGCUACAGCUAAAUCGUCUAUGGCUACAUCUACAUCUACAGGUACAGGUACAUCUACGGCUACGCCGGCUCUUGGAGUCGGAGAAGCACCCACAGGACCCACAGGACCUAAACCCACAAACGCGAAUGUGCCUACUGCACCACGAGCAAUGCGCGGCAAACAAACGACGAUGACGAUGUCCCUCAACGAAUUCAUCGCAGGGCCUUCGAAGCCCAAGAAAGCAGGAUGGAACAACGACAAGGGCAGCUCAGCGGGUGGGAAUAAGAAGUUUUCGUUGAAGGAUGCGGAGGCGGAUGCGGAUGCGCCGCCUGUUAAUGCUUGGUCCAAAAAACUACACAUCCCCCCUUCAGAAAAACAAACGAUGAUUCUGCCUACACCCGCAAUAUGGACGCUCGACGAGACGACGGAUUAUUCGGGGUGGGAUAUUCCCAUGUCGCCUGCGCCUGCACAUGAACGUGAACUUGCACCUGAACCUGAAUUUGGACCUGAACUUGGACAUGGAUAUGGACCUGAUUUCGCGUUGGCGCAGAAGGCAAACGCGAAGGCGAAGGCGAAAGAGGGUUCGACUUGGGCGGGCAAGGCAAAGGCUUCGGCAUCGACAUCGGCAUCCGCGGCAAAACCAAAGGCUCAGGCUCAUGCUCAAGCAAAGCCGAAGACGACCUCGAAUGAGAAAACAAAGGCGAACGCGAACGCGAAGGCAAAGACGGGUUCGUCAAAGGAGACACGUACACGCCCUCAAGCAGAAACAGAUCAAGAACCAGAUUCAGAACCAGAUCAAGAACCAGAACCGGAACAAGAUCAAGAUCGCGAUCAAGCUUCUUUGUCUUUGUCACCUUUGUCUCCUCGCUUCUCUCCUCGCGCCGACACGGAUGGAGAGGGAGAGCAUCCACACAAGAGCAGGCGGCGGGACAGGGGCAGCAAAGGAAAGGGCAAAGAAAGAGAAAGAGGAGAUACAUCGGAAAGAGACGAUGUGGAUAAGGGGUACAGUCACAGUUACAAUCACAAUUACACAUCAAGGACGCAGUCCAACGCACAGGAGGAUGUAGAGAUGGCAGACGCACAAAACGACGACAAUGACAACGACAAGGAAAAGGACAAAGGGGAAUCAAAAGUAAUCUACGUCCCCGAACCAGACCCUACAAACCCAAGCAUGUUCACGCCCAAAGAGAUGCAGCGCGAGCGCGAUCGGAAUGGCGGGUUGAGGCCGUGGGAGAGGGGAAAUAUUAUGUGGGAUGUGGACAUGGAUUGGGCGGCGUAUGUGCAGGAGAAUGGGGGUGGGGGCAGGGGCGUGGGUGGAGGUGAGGGUGGGGGUGGGGGUGGGGAUGAGAAGGGGAAGGGUAAGGAGAAAGAGAGGGAUAAAGGGAAAGGCAGGGAGAGAGACAAGUACAAGGAGCGUGAUCGUGACAGAGAUCGUGACCAUGUUCGUGACCGAGAACACGACCGUGACCGUGACAGAGAACGCGACCGGGACCGCGACAGAGAUCGUGACCGCGACCGCAAUAGGGAUAGAGACCGAGAGCGCGAAAGGGACAAAGACAAAGACAAAGACAAAGCCAGAGCUCGCGACAAGGAUACCGAUCGUGACCGCGACCGUGACCGCGACCGCGACCGCGAUCGUCAUCAUAAGGAUAAGGAUAAGUAUAAAGAUGGUGAGCGCGACCGUGAUCGAGAGAGGGAUAGAGAUAGGGGCAAGGACGGGUAUAAAUCCAGCCAUCGGGAACGCGAACGCGAGAGUCGGCGCGAUAAAGACAGACAUGGAGAGAAGGAGAGAGAUCGUGAUAGAGACAGGGAUAGAGAUAGGGAUAGGGAUAGGGAUAGGGAUAGGGAGCGGCGGGAUAGAGACAAGGACAGAGACCGCGACAGAGACCGCGACCGCGACCGUCAUCGCAAUAAAGACCGCGACCGCGACUACGACCGCGACAGAGACACGCGCGAUCGCAAUAACGAUCACGACCACGACCACGACCACGACCACGACCACGACCAAGACCACGACCACGAUCGCGACCAAGACCGCCCCAACCACAACCACAGCCAACAAGAUAAAGAGGACCCCUCCAACUCCCAAUCCCAAUUCCCCUCCCAAACCCAAACCCAAACCCAAACCCAAACCCAAACCCACCCCCAAACCCCCUCCAACCACACCAACAAACGCAAAUCCGACACCAGCUUCGACAUCAACGGCGAGCUGCGGUACGACGCCAACGGCAACCCCGACAACUCGCAUGAGAGCCGGAAACGGAUGAGUCCUGGGCCUGUGCGCGGGCGUGGGGAUGGGCGUGGGCGUGGAGGUGGGGAUUGGGGAGGUGGGGAUGGUGCUGCGACGUGGGCUUCGUUUGGUGCGUCUGCGUUGGAGGCGCAGGCACAGUCGCAGUCGCAGGCGGAGCCAUCGUUUGGGUCGUCUGCGUCUCCGUUCAAAGCCCCGGCACAAGCAGAGCCAACGAUCAUAUGGGAUCUAACAGCACCUACAUCCAACGCCAACGCCUACGGAGCCUCGCCUUGGGCUGACGAUCCUGCUCCUUCUCCUGCUCCCGCUCCUGGUUCUGCUUCUGGUCACGGUCACGGUCACGGUCACAGCCACGCUCACACCCAUAGUGCAACAGCCUCGCCUUGGGCUGACGAUCCUUCUCCUGCUCCUGCUCCUGUUCCUACUCCUGGUCCUGGUCCUGGUCCUGAUCCUGGUCCAGCUGACUCAGCCGAUAUCCCAAUGCCCUCUCCAUGGGCAUCAUCCCCAGCCCGUCCUCACAACCGCGCAGAAGAAGACGCGAGGGCAUGGGGCAGCGGCGGCGGUGCUGAUUCAUCUAGAUCUCGUAAUCGCGCAGAAGAAGACGAAAAGGCAUGGGGUGGUGGUGGUGGUGGUGUAGCCGACAGCCAGUGGGCGUCGAUCCUAGGCGUAGGCGACUCGACGGCAAACUCAUGGAGCGGGUCUGUAGCGGGAUCGCCAUUCAAAUCCGACCGUGGCGGCGGUAGAGGUAGAGGUAGAGGUAGAGGCGGUAGCAUCCACGGCGCUAACAGCAGCAUCUACGGUGGCGACCGUGACCACGGCGGUAGCACCAUCCGCGACCACGGCAGCAUCCGUGGCAGCGACCGUGGCGGCGACCGUGGCGGAGGACGUGGCCGCGGCCGCGGGCGCUACAGAGACCCGCACGACACCUACAUCCCCCCUGCCCCAUUCGGCAGCGGCGAGCGGCGAAAGCCAGGCGAAGGGCUUGCGCGUGCUGCCAAGUUUGCCGUUGAGUGGGCGCCUAGGAAGAGGAGGGGCGGCGAUGGGGGCGGGAGCGGGGGCGGCAACAAGAACAAGGAUAAGGAGAAGGAGGUUGGCGGGUGGGACGGCAACGCCGAAAAACGGCGCAAGGAGAUGGAAGAACGCAAGGCGCAAACCCAGGACGUAGAUAUGAGCGCUAUAAACGACUGGGCCAACCCCUACCCCAACCCCAACCCCAACCAGGGUAAAACCCUCACUGGCAUCAACGACUGGGCAAACGACGGCAUCGACGACGCAAGUGAAUGGGCCGACACUGGGGCCGAGGCCGAGUCGGAAUCUGGGGCUCAUAUACGCAAUUGGGCGAAUGCGGUGGUGGAUGAUGGCAGCGAGUGGGCGGAGCAUGAUAGGCCACCUUUUGCUUCUGCUCCUCCUUCUGCUGUCGACGAGGAAGAGGAGGUGGAGGAUGUGGAUGUGGAGGAUGUGAAUAUGGAAGAAGGCGUCGAAGAUCCGCCUGCGUCUGUGGACGACGGAUCUGCGUCUGCUUCUGUUUCUGCCUCCGCUGAAGCUGGGGCUGGAGCUGAGUUCAACGAAGAAGAAGGGGGCGGGGGAGAUGAUACUGUUGAGGCGGACACAACAGCGCACAUGGACGUGGACAUGGACUGGGCCUCCGCGCCUGCACCCGCGCCUACAAAAACCUCUUACGCUUUGCCCGCUUCUUCUUCUUCAUUUGCACAUAUCACCAACACCAAGACGAAGAAGGACAGAGCAGCCGAGGCAGAGGCAGAAUGGGGUCUUCCUCCUCCCGUACCCGACAAAGCCAAAUCAAAGAAAGAGGAGAAGAACAAAGCUGUCGAGUACGACUGGGCAGGCAACCUAAUCGACGUUGACGAGUACAUGAAAGAAUGGGGCGCCCCUUCUCCUCCUCCUGCUUUUGCGCCGACUAUGAAGGAAAAAGGAGGAGAGAGGAAGGAAAAAGAAAAACAAGUCAAGCUAGACUGGGCAGGAAACCCAAUCGGCGGCGAUCCAGAUGCCGAUAUGGCGGUGUGGGGUGGUGGUGGUGGGGUUGAGAGGAAGGACAAGUACAAGCAACAGGAAAAGGAAAAGGACAAGGAAAAGGAAAAAGAAAAAGAAGUCAAGCUAGACUGGGCAGGAAACCCCAUCGGCGGCGAUCCAGAUGCUGAUAUGGCGGUGUGGGGUGGUGGGGCAAAGCAAAAGCAAAAAGAGAGAGAAAAAGAAAAAGAGGUCGAGCUAGACUGGGCAGGAAACCCAAUCGGCGGCGAUCCAGAUGCCGAUAUGGCUGUUUGGGGUGGUGGUGGUGGAGGGGGGGAUGAGUUCGCGUCUUCUUCUUCUUAUUCUAAGACGAACGAGAAGGCGGACAGGAAGGAGUUUAAGAAACCGGACUUCAAGAGGAAGGAGAGUAGGUGGGGUGAGGGUAGGAGUGAAAGCAGGAGGAACGAGAGCAGGGGUGAGGGUAGGUGGGGUGAGAGUAGGAGUGAAAGUAGGAACGAGAGUAGGAAGGGUGAGAGUAGGUGGGGUGAGAGUAGGAGAGACGAUAGUAGCAGGAGGGAUGAUAGCAGGAGCAGGAACUACGACACCAGAAGCUACGACAACAAACGGAACGACAGCAGGAACUACGAAAGCAAACGGAACAGCAGCGGCAAAAACUACGAUGGCGAUGGCAGGAGCAACCGCGACGAUAGCAGGAGCAGGAGCAACGCCUUCAGCAAGAAGGAGAAGAGGGAUAAGGGGAGUAAGGGGAGUAAGAAAUAUGAAGGAGGCAAAAGUGACUUUGACUGGGUAGCCAGCCUCAACCUCAACUUCAAUCACAAUCACAACCAUAACGUCAACCACAACGAGCCCAAGUCUGAUAGAGCACCCGUCGAGCUCGAUUGGGCUGGUAAUCCCAUUACCGUCGAUCCAGCGGAAUGGGGUCUCACUCCAGAAGACGUCGCACCUCUACCUUCCCCAUUCCCUUCGUCAACCAAAGCGAACAAGAAACGCAAGGACGUUCCACCGGACUCGGAUUGGGCUGGCAGUUCAGCACAUGGCGAGAAGGCAGAGGCAGAGGCAGAGACGGAGGCAGAGGCGGAGGCGGGCAAUGAAGUCGAGUUGGACUGGGCGGGAAAUCCUAUUGUGCGCGAUAUCGCUGCUGAGAUGGCCGCGUGGGGGUUGAGCGCUGCUGAUUUCGCCGCCCCCUCCUCCUCUACCUCCACCUCCGACGUUGGGAGGGGUGCGGGUGUGUGGAAUGUGAAUUUGGAUGUGACGACGGCGGGGGCGGGGGCGGGGGCGGGAAAGUCAGUCAAAGAGGAAGAGCUGAUCUGCCCGACGCAUAAUAUUGCGUGUAGGAAGGGGAUAUGUAGGGAUAUGGCGGAGCUUGUGAGGGUUAAUCGGAAGCGCCGCGAGCGCGAGAUGCGGGAGAGGGGUAGGGAGGGGGGUAGAGAGGGGGGUAGGGAGGGGGGUAGGGAUAGAGAGGGUAGAGAGGGUAGAGAGGGUAGAGACAGGGACAGGGAUAGGGACAGGGAUAGGGAUAGGCAGAAGGAUAAGGAUAGGAGGGGAGGAACUUCACGGACGCCUUUGCCUUCUCCGUCUAAAAGACAACAACAACCAUAUCGAGCGCCUGAGACUGAGAAGGAAAAGGAGAUGGAGAUGGAGGUCGAGCUGGACUGGGCGGGUAAUCCUGUCAAGGGCGAUCCGACGGAGUGGGGUCUUACACCUGAGGAAGUCGCGCUUGCACCCACCGCCUCUUCAUCCAAACUCAAACAGCCAAAACAGACAGAAGUCGAAUUGGACUGGGCGGGGAAUCCUAUCAAGGGCGAUCCGACGGAGUGGGGGCUUACACCUGAAGAAGUUGCGCCUGCACCCAUCGCAUCUUCAUCCAAACCCAAACCCAAACCCAAACCCACCAGACAGCCAGAAGUCGAAUUGGACUGGGCGGGCAAUCCUGUCAAGGGCGAUCCUACGGAGUGGGGGCUUACACCUGAGGAAGUGGCGCCUGCACCCGUCGCAUCCUCGUCGAAACCCAAACCCAAACCCAAACCCACCAGACAGCCAGAAGUCGAAUUGGACUGGGCGGGCAAUCCGGUCAAGGGCGAUCCUACGGAGUGGGGGUUAACGGAGGAGGAUGUCGCGCCUUUGCCUUCUACGAAAGGAAAACAAAAGGAGAAGGAGGUCGAGUUGGACUGGGCGGGUAAUCCUGUCAAUGAUGAUCCGUCUGUGUGGGGGUUAACGGAGGAGGAUGUAGCGCCUUUGCCUUCUAACAAAGGGAAAGGGAAAGGGAAGCAGAAAACCGUUGAACUUGAUUGGGCGGGCAAUCCUGUCAAUGAUGAUCCGUCUGUGUGGGGUUUGACGGAGGAGGAUGUAGCGCCUUUGCCUUCUAAUAAAGGGAAAGGCAAGCAGAAAACCGUUGAACUUGAUUGGGCGGGCAAUCCUGUCAAUGAUGAUCCGUCGGUGUGGGGUCUCACGGAGGAUGAUUUGCAAGGAGAAGAAGAAAAAGAGCCAGAGCUAGAUUGGGCAGGCAAUCCCACCACCACGACAUCCUGGGCAUCAAUAGCAGGCGCAGGCGCAUACAAGUCCCCUGUAGAUAAUAUCACGAGAGUGGAAGAUCUCGUUUGCCCGGUGCAUGGGAGGGCGUGUAAGAGGGAUGGGUGUCCGGAUAUGGCGAAUUUGACGUGGGAGUUUAAUUGGAGGGAGAGGCAGCGGGUGAAGGCGGCGCAGAGGGAGAGGGAGAGGGAGAGGGAGAGGGAGAUGGCGGCGAGGGGUGGAUCGCAAGGUCUAUGGGGCACUCCAGAAGCUCCCGCUCCCGCUGCGAAAAGGCGUAGACGAAGGAGUAGGAAAACGGAGCCGAAGCAUAUUAUGAAGCCUAUGCUUAUGGGCACGAUGAGAGGGUUCCACACGGACGAUUUGAAGAGGGCGAAGGCGGAGAAGGAGGCUAGGAAGUUGAUGGAGGAGGCUGAACUUGCUGAGGGUGAGGCUGAAGGUGGAAGUGGAGGUGAAGCUGAGGGUGAAGAUGGAGGUGGAGGUGUUGAUAAGAGUCGACUUGAAGAUGUUGCGGAGGACGAUCGUGAAGGUGCGGAUGCGGAAGAUGAUCGGAUGGCUGUGGAAGUGUAG